GGAGUAACGGUUGUGGGAAUUUAGAGCCUCGCCCCUGAGGAGUGCGGCAUGCUCGUCAGUGUCUCCCUCUCCUCCUUCGCCCAGGGGCUCCAUCCAUCUUUAGCUGCUGCCCUAAGGGAGGGACGGGCGGAGCCUCUGUCAGCGGUUCUCCUCAGGGCAGUCUGCGAGCCCGUGUGACCCAGGGAUAGCGAGAGCGAGGCCUUCAUAUCUGUGUGGGCUUUUGGUUUUGGUGGUUUCCUUCACUCUUGCCCGUCCUACAGCCGGAGUAAAAAAAAAAAAAUCUACCAGGUUUGCCCUCGUCACACAGCGCUUCGUGAGGUGCCAAGACCUUGCAGGGGGCAUGAGUUUUGGUGACGAAAAAAAGGUACCAUUUAUGAAGAUAGCGAAUCAUACAGUCACCCCUGCUUCCUCACGAAAGUAAGGCAAGAAGGUUCUACUUCCUUAAACCCUCCUUCAAAACAUCUGACUCAACCCCAAAUCUGAAUAGCCCUGCUUUACAUCCUAUUACUGAGAUGCCACCUGAUUGACUGUGAUGUGUGUUCUCCAUUUCUCUGAUGAAUGACAACCUCCACCUGUCCAGCUUGCAGGAAUUCUUGGUGAUCUUUGGCUAAAGUACACUGGCAACUCUUUCUUUGUUAUUUACACCAUCUAUUUCUAUGGAGUUGAAGACACUCUGUGAGGUAGAAGGCAGACAUGAGUAGUGGAGCUGGCUGGUCCUAGAACACAGCCCAAGCCCUCUUCCUUUUGUACAGCCUGGUAAGCUGCUGUAAAAUCCUCGUUUCAUAUCCACCACCCAGCAGACAGCCUACACAGCUGCAUAGGCAAGCAUCUCUAGGCAGCAACCAACUGUGUCCAGACUAUCCCAAACACAUCUUGUUCUUUGCACAUCCAAUGUGAGGUCCCCCAGCUAUAAGGCACCAUGUCUGAGAAGUUGAAUUGCCACUACUGCCAGGAUUCCUUGCAAGGGAAGAAGUAUGUCCAUAAGGAUGGCCUCCACUGCUGCCUACCAUGCUUUGACAAGCACUGUGCCAAUACCUGUGAGGAAUGCCACAAGCCCAUAAGUGCAGAUUCCAAGGAGGUGCAUUAUAAGAACCGUUACUGGCACAACAACUGCUUCAUUUGUAGCAAGUGCCAUCAGCCCUUGGCCAGUGAGACCUUUGUGUCCUGGGAAAACAAGAUCCUGUGCAACAAGUGUGCCACUAAGGAGGCCUCCCCCAAAUGCAAAGGAUGCCUCCAGGAUAUUGUGGCAGGAGAACAGAAUGUGGAGUACAAGGGUACCAUCUGGCAUAAAAACUGCUUCGUCUGCAGCAACUGCAAGCAAGUCAUCGGAACCCAAAGUUUCUUCCCUAAAGACGAGGAGUUCUACUGUGUGGCUUGCCAUGAGACCAAGUUUGCCAAGUAUUGUGUGAAAUGCAACCAGCCCAUCACAUCUGGAGGGAUCAGUUACCAGGAUCAGCCCUGGCAUGCCAAGUGCUUUGUGUGUGUCAACUGCUCCAAGGAGCUGGGCGGGCAGCGUUUCACUGCUGUGGAGGACAAGUAUUACUGCAUAGAUUGCUACAAGAACUUUGUGGCCAAGAAGUGUGCUGGGUGCAAAGAUGCCAUCACUGGGUUUGGUAAAGGCGCCAAUGUGGUGACCCAUGAGGAAAAUUCCUGGCAUGACUAUUGCUUCAACUGCAAAAAUUGUUCUGCGAAUCUGGCCAACAAGCGUUUUGUGUUUCAUGAAGAGCAGGUGUAUUGUCCUGAGUGUGCCAAAAAGCUAUAACAAGGGCUCCUAUCCUGUAAAAUGACA